AUGAAAUCAGCACCCGUCUUCUCCUCUAUAUUGCUAGCUAGCCAUCUCCAUCUGGCCGUUGCCGGCGGCUCGGAGCCCUGGUUGAGCUACGACGCUCGCACCAUCAAGGGCUGCAGCUACUGGUACGAUAAUUUCGGCAAAUGGAGUUGCGAGGCUAUCCGUGAUCGUUGGCGUAUCCCGCCAGAGGUCUUCUCUCGCUGGAACCCCUCCAUCUCUCUCGACUGCAAGGGUUGGGCCGAGCAUUCUUAUUGCGUGGCAGUCAGGGCGGAAAUGACACGCCGACCACCGCCCGUCACCACCUCCACAACGCAAGCCGUCACUACCACUACUGUAGCACCGUCGCCUCUGUGGACGGACGUUGGCUGCUAUCAAGAUGCUUCGAUUCAUCCUCUCCAGACGCAACUGCCUUCUCCCGGUGGAAGUCAACUCAGCCGCCAAAAGUGUUCCAACGCCUGUUGGGGCGCUGGCUGCCGAUUUUCUGGACUCAAAGCGGGAGUUGAGUGUUGGUGUGGGCAAUACGUCCAGGGAGACCUAAGCUCGUCACCGGCGGAUUGCAACAUGCCUUGUCCGGGCAACUCGUCCGAAACGUGUGGCGGAGCCAAGGUUUUCAACGUUGUGGCGGGCAACGAGCCUCCAUAUAGUUACAUCGAACCUCUCACCCCAACCUCGACUGUCGUAGCAUCGUCUUCGUCUGUAAGCUCGUCCGUCCCCGGUGCCUCCCAGACCGCCUUUGUCCUCAUGUCACACUAUCACGGAGAUUGCACGGGAGACGUGAACAACGAGGUUAUGAUACGUUCUAACUCCGACGGUAUGUGUAUAGACACAAACUGUCAGGUGGCCAGUCUGGAUAUUGCUAGCCUGGGCGACUGUCCAGAUGGCCAGGUUCAGAUAAGCUAUUGGCAACAGCCGGGCUGCUCUGGCAAGUGGUACGGGUACGGGUACACAAGCAGAAGCACUUGCAGAUCACUGUGGUCAGAUGGUUGGAGCUUCAAGUCUUUAUGGCUGAGAUGCGCAAAAGAAAGCCAGGACUGCGUACGUCAGGGAACUUGCAACCCAGACGCCGAGACAACAACAGGCAUUUGCAAUGGGGCAAACGGCAACGGCGCAGCAGCCAAAGCCCAAAAUCACCAGCAAGCAAAAUUUCACGGGUGA